AUGGAAGGGGCUUCAGCGACGGCAGCCCCCAGCUCGUCGCCCGCGCCGGGAGGCCCCGCUGCGGCGGCGCCCUGCUGGUCGCGGCGGCGGCGCGGUCGCGGCGGCGCGAGUCGCUCGGGCGGCGGGGGUCGCCGGCAGUCUCAGCAAGGCAAGGCGUCUCCGCCGCCCUCGCCUGCUUCCUUCACCGGCCAAGCGCCAGUCGCUGAGCCGCCGCUGGCGUCCCUUCCCGUGGAGAGCGCUGAGCCACAGGUCGCCGCUCUCGGCACGCCGCCCACGGCGCUGUCUCCCGACGCGUCCAAGUCGGAUGUCUCGCCCGCUUCAAAACACAAAAUCAGACACAGAAAAACCCACAGGCGGGGCACCGCCUCGGGCGCCGCGAGCCGCGGCGCAUCCACCGCGGUUUCCGAACGGCCCUCUCCCACCGCGAGCGCCGGCGGUGUUCUCGAGCCUUCGUCCGACUCUGGCGCGCAGACGGGCGCCCUAUCUCCGCUUGCUUCGCACGAAGCAGCCGACGCUGCCGCGUCUGAGCCGCACGGGUGCUCGCUGAAGCUCACCUGCGGCCUCCCGCCCGCCUCCGGAGAGGCCCCCAGCGCGAUGCUCGACGCCGCGGCGGAACACGUCUCUGGGCUGGACAUCAUGGGUCACCAUCUGCGGGCCUGCGCGAAGCUCCACGGCGCCACCGAUGUGGCGCCGCGCUGCUGCGGCGAUUCGGCAGACUGCUUCGUCGACGGCGGCGAGAGCGAGCAGAGUCCCCUGUCUCCUGCACCGCUGCCGGACUCCUCCGCCUCCGCGGUUCUCGCAUCCGCGUCUCCAGAUUUCGCUGAGCAGAGCGGCGCGGCAUCUUCCUUCCGCGCCGGUGUUUCGGGCUUCUUCGCCUCCCUACUGGGCGGCAAGGAGGCCGACGGCGCCGCGGGGCCGCCCCCGCGACCGCGCCCACCGGCUAACGUGUCUUCGCCGCCGAAAGCGGGCGAGCGACCGCGCCAAAGGGGCGACGCUGUGGAGCUGAGCUGCGCGGCGCCCGGCGCGGCUGCGCCUGCGUUUGCUGAGCAGUGUUUCCUCGCCGGAGACAAAGGUGGACUCGACGCCGAGGACGUGCGAAGAGAAGACGCCGAAGCGCGGGACGCAGUGGAAGCGGAGCGACAGGGCGAGCCGACACGGCAGGCGGCAGAUAACGGCGGAGGAGCCGGCGGAAGCGGCGGAAGGGGCUCUGCGCCCCCCGCAGGGAGCGACACGACGCGAACGCCUGAAGACGGCAGCGUGGGCGCGCGAGACAAGAUCACUCAGGAGCUCGGCGAGGGCGAACGAGACGCGCUUCUGGAAAAACACCGCGGGAAACUCGGCGCGAUCGUUCUCAAGGACGGCGACGAAGAUCUCUGCCUCUUCCGGUUGUGGGGACCGCACGUCUCUCAGUGCUGGGUUCAACUGGACAUGCCGAUCGACCGCGGCGACAGCGCGCCUCUGCGCUUCGAGCUCCGCCGCGAAGGUGCGGACGUCUGGGGCACGGUGCUGCGCCACGUGGUAGUGGGAACGCCCUACGAGUUCGUCCUGCGCUCCAGCUGGAACGAUUGCUUCCAAGCAGAGGGCGACGAGCUCCACAGACGGGAUCCCUACGCGCGGCAAACGGAGUUUUACAGCAACGUAUGCUACGUGACGGAUGCCUCGCGCUUUCCCUGGAGGGCGCUUGACAGCUUCAAGGCGCCCGCGUGGAGCAAACUCGUGAUCUACGAGCUCCACCCAGGCACCUUCAGUCCGCCGGCCGCCGACCGCUCCGUGUUUGAGACGCUGGUUGACAAGCUGGAUCACAUCAAAUCGCUGAAUUUCAACGCAAUCGAGUUCAUGCCCGUCCAGGAGUUCGGGGGGGAGUGGGGUUACAACCCGCGGCUGCUGCUCGCCGUCCACGGCAAGUACGGAACAGCCGACCAGCUGCGGCAGCUGGUGGACUGCUGCCACGAGAAGGGCCUUGCGGUUAUCUUUGACCUCGUCUUGAACCAUGGAAGCUCCAAGCUGAACUCCUUAUGGAAUUGGGACGGCUACGGGAAGGACAACUGCGGAGGCAUUUACUUCGAGGGCGGCGGCGACACCGGCUGGGGCUGCAAGUUCAGCUUUUUCAAGCGGGAAGUCCGCGACAUGAUCAUCGCCGCCGCGCUGUGCUUCAUCGAGGAAUUCGGAGCCGACGGUCUGCGUCUGGACUCGGUUCACAACAUGCCUUGGGAUCUGCUUCAGGAGCUGACGCACGCCGUUCGAAGCAAGCAUCCGUCUAAGAUUCUGAUCGCCGAGGUGACGCCAGAAAAUCCGCAGAUCUGCACGGGCGCAGGGUUCGACUCCUGCUGGGUGCACGCGACCUACUACGAUGCCAUCAAGGUCACUCGGGGCCAGGACGGCAGCCACCACAUCGACAUGCUGCGCGCGAUGAUCGACGUGCAUAAGGGAUUCAGCAAGUCGCAUCAGUGCGUGAACUCGGUCCUCGGUAGCCACGACCAAGCAGGCAACAAACAAGGGGGCCGCACGGACGGCCGCGCUGGGCGGUAUUUCGUGGAUUUGUUCGGCGGCCGAAACAACUGGCACAGCCGCGCGCAGUGCCGCAUGUGGUAUAGCCUGCAGGCAGUGAGCCGCGGCCUGCCGAUGAUGUUUAUGGGGACUGAGACGCACCAAGACGCUUGGUGGAACGUCGACGAACAUCACCAGAUGGCGUGGCGCCUCGUGGAGGGCGACGCCUUUGCAGAGCAAAUGAUGAAGCUGGUCGCAGAGGCCAAUCGUCUGCGUCUCGCGUUCGACUGCCUCACUGACGACGACGCGCCGGUGCGCUUCUGUCACGUCGACUACCAAAAUCGAGUUCUCGGCUUCACGCGCGGCCCGCUGUUGGUUGUGUUGAACUGCUCGGAGCUUCAGUGGGAGUCGAGGGAGUACGAGGUUCAGACCGAGUGGAGCGGACGCGGGUUUCGGCAGGUCUUCAACUCGCAGGCUGCCGAGUUUGGCGGCUGGGAAGGCAGCUGGACAGGCGCUUGCGGCGAGGAACUCCACGCCUCCAGCCACGCGCGCCUCGCAGUCAACCUGCCUAAGUGGUCGGUGGCGGUCUACGAGGCGCAGUGA